AUGGAAGCGAUUGAGGUGCGCCCGCUUAGUAGCCGUGAGCUCUCUGCCGCCGCGCGGACAGCAGAUGGUGACGGAGGUGCGUAUCGCCAACCACAGCGAAAGCCUCACACGCAGCAGGGAGAGCAACAACGACAGCAGCUGCAUGUGCCGCGUGGGCAGCGGGACUUGCAGCGACUCCGGGAUCGGGCAGAGGGACAUGUUAAGAUGGCGUCUCAGCAAAGGCUACGUGAGGAGUAUCGCCGCGCUCUGGAAAUUCUGCGAGACAUCUAUGCAGCUCUGCAGACGACGGUGCUGCAAGAGAGGAAGCAACAACAACAACAACAAGAGAAGUUUCUGUCCUCAACUGAGGCGGUGCGAUUUGAGAGGCUACACCAGCUCCGCGAUACCACUAACCGCCUGACGACGGCUCAUUUUGCCCUGUUGCCUAUUGAGGCGGUACUAAAGUUCCUUGAGCUGGUGGGGCGCAUCGUGGCGCUGGUGCAGGAGCCACACACCACUGCCCACGGCUAUGUUGUGCGCCAAGCUCUUCGAGCCAUAUUCGUUGACGGAGAUACAGUUUCCCCUGCUGUUCGUUCACAGCGCCAUCGGCGGGGGCCGCUUCUUGGCUUGCACUACUACAAGCUGCUUCACGCGAUGCUUUCUCUCCCCGCUUCGGAGAGCAUUGAGGUGCUGGACAGCACUAGUGGGGUGUUGCCGGUUGAGGAGCUCUGCGUGCGACGUCUCUGCUGUGGUGCGGGCGAAUCUCCGCCGCAGCACUUCCCCUUCCUGCUGCAGAUUGGACCUGCACGUGCUGUCCGCGUGGUCGCGUGGUGUUUGCGCUCCCCCGCGUCGACGGGUCUUACGGCAGUGCCGGGGCGGCAAGAGCGCGGGCGUGGCGCAUCACCGCUGCCACCGCGCUCUGCUUUGCGUAUUCCCUUCGGCGUCGGAAAGGAAUACACCCAGAGUGUACUGGCUGCUUUUGCACAACGCCCUUGCGGUGGCAGUGCGACAGCAACAACAACCGCACGAACAGAAGCCGAGGCGGCGACAGAGACAAAGCUGUUUGGUGUGGCGGAGCUGGCGACGCUGUGCAGUGCGAUUGUGUUCUACGAGAUCACGACAAUGGAGGCGGUGACUGUGCUGGUGGAGGCCGCACCGAUGUGUGCUGCAUACGUCGAGGCGCUGUCGGGUCACCAGCUGAGUUGCGUCAUGCUCGCCUACGCGACGUUGAGGUAUCAUGGCAACUUGCUGCGGCACCCCACGCCGACCGGCACUGCACUAUCGGCGGGNUGCUCGCCUACGCGACGUUGA